UCUCGUUAUCGGUUGAUUAUUUAGCCUGACAUGGCCUGCUUAACGCUUGUCUGCCAUGUAAUGAGCUCUUUAGGUCGAGCUACGCCCCGGGUAUAACAAAGAUAACGAUCUCGCAACGAGACCUACUGCGGAACCUUUAGCCAGAAUCAUAUUUCGCCAAAUCGCAGGAGAUUUAGAAAUAGUUGAUGCUGAAGCAGUAAACAGAACAACAAGUCGCGUAGGAUACGAAGUGAAGACGAUUUAGAGCAGAUAUUAAAUAAAAUCUAGUUAAAAUAUUUUAAAAUCACUUUAAAACGAAUUCGAUUCGUGACAGUUAGAAUAUGAAACAGCUAGAAUAUAGCUCUAGAGUUUACUCUUGAUUAAUUACAAUAAUGGUGUUGUUGAACAAAACAUGACAUAUAUAGUCACAUAAACAAUGACUAAACAUCCAAACAACUAUAUUAAAUGUAAUAAACAACCGACAAAAAAGUUCUGAAAGUUAAGUAACUUUCUACAUUAUUUUUCGCAAAAGUUUACAGCAAAGCAGUCGUGCCAAAAAUUAGUUAUUAGUUUUUUUUAAUUAGUUUAGUUUAUUUUUAAAAGUAAAGUUUAUAAUUUUACUUCUCGCAUGAAAGAAAAUUUGUUUAAACAGUUGGUUAAUUUGGAUAUAUUGGAUAUAACUGCACAACAUGGAAGUAAAAUCUUAUAGUAAAACGUAUACAUACCAACCGAAGCCUUGCCUCAUGGAAAACACCUACCCAAAAGAAGACUCCGUAUUUACUGACUCGGCAGCAGUUAGAAGCAAAAAUUCGUAUUAUCGUCGUUACAAUGUACGGCUACCAUCCCUCAAGGAAAGCAGUUUCCAGCCGGGAUAUAUGUUCUCUCCAUCUGCCGUGUUCAAGUUAUGUGAAAUGGUGGGAGGUCUAGCCUGCUUAUGCAUGGUCAAAUUUGGCGAACUUUACAAGGGGCAGCAGAAAAUCUAUUCUAUGGUCCUCUACAUGAUUUUAUCGAUGGAUUUCGUUGUACUUCUCCUCACUAUGUUUGUUUACUCAAUCCUGCCAAGAAAAUCUGUGCCUUACAAGCUCGACAUAAUUUUUAAUGCUGUAUUUGGUUUGCUGAUCAUAACAACGACAUUUGCUGCCGCUGGUUGCUCGUAUUUUAUAUGGACGUGCAAGGAAAUAGACUUGAGCAUCUGUUUAAGUUGGGAGCUUAAAAAUGAUGGGUUAAACUUAGUUUUGGUGGUCCUGUCCGCAUUAGUUGGGUUUUUGCAUUUGGGGCAUAUCGUUUUUGACUCGUGGCACGAUAAAAGAAAGUGUCCUCCGUUCGCGUUUGAUUGUUGAAUAUAAUUUUGUUUUAACUGCGAAGGUUUAUGUUCAAAUUUUCUAGGUCGUCUUUAACAAUACUUUUUCAUAAAAAUCGAAAUCAAAAUAGGCACGAAAGAUAACUUUUUAAGUCGGAGAAUGUUU